UACAGAUUGUCCUCGUACACAGUCCUUAAGCUUAUUAUGUAGGCUAUAGGUUAGGCUAUAGUUUAAGCUACAGGGAAAGCCGCAUAACCCCAACGACUCAAUACAAAUAUUUCCACAGGCAGGUGUGCAAUAUGUAGGACAUGAGCGUCUGAAUGUAGCCAGUCACUAUUUAAAUACAUUUCCCCCCGAUAAAGCGACUUGGGCACGUGAGGUUGAAGGCAGAGAGGAGCGAAAGAGGAGGCUGACGUCUGGUUGUGGAGGCUUGGCUCGCCGCGUUCACCAAUACUGCAUCCUCUGCAGUGCUGUGUUGUGGGCGACCGGUCUGCUUACUCGCAGUAACACAUUCAUCAUGGAGGAAAAACAGGUACCUGCCAUGGAGUGAACAGCGCGAUUGCCUGUGGAAUCGCAGUGACGUCUUCGGAAUUCCUGUCUCAAUGUGAAUCUUCUACAUAUAUUACUUUUUGAGGAAAACACCGGGAAGAUAAACAAAUAAACAAAAUGAAGCAUUUUUUAAGGGUCCUGACGCAGUUCUUCGUAUUCCUGUACUGCAAAUGUCUGUGGCGAACCCUGAAGUUUGUGAUCCGGAAGGUCACCGGGCGAUGCGAACUGCAGCGUAUCUGCUACAGUAACAAACCGGGGGCUCGCAGGACCCUCAAGAUAGAGUCCUCUCUUAGGUUUUCUAAGAAUGAGCUCCUCCAAUCUGCGGUCAGUGUACAUCCAGAUUCAGUGGAGAAGACUAUCGAUGACAUCAUGACCCUGAAAAAGAUCAAUCCCGACACAAACCCACAGUUGGGCAUCUCUCUCCAGGCUAGCCUCUUCCAGAUUGUGGGCUACAGGAACCUGGUGCUGGAGGUGGAGAAGCUACGUAGGGAGCCGUAUGACUGUGAGAACGCAGAGCAUGAGGAAAUGCUGCUUAAGCUGUGGAAGGCCCUGCGGCCUGAAACUCCACUGACUGGACGCAUCUCUAAGCAGUGGUGUGAAAUUGGUUUCCAAGGCAGUGACCCGAAGACCGAUUUUAGGGGCAUGGGCCUCUUGGGACUGCACAACCUCCUAUACUUUGCAGAGCAUGACAAGGCUGCGGCCCUGCAGGUGCUUCACGACUCACUGCAGCCCAAGCAGAGGCCCAUUGCCCAGGGAACCACCAGCAAGAUGAGCAAGGCAGAGUGGGAAAAGAAGAAGUUUGAUAAAGCGAUCGGAUAUUCCUUCGCCAUCGUGGGCAUCAACAUCACUGACCUGGCCUACGCGUUGUUGGUCAGCGGUGCCCUGAAGACCCACCUGUACAAUGUGGCUCCAGAGAUGCCUAGCCUUGCAAACUUCCAGCAGACCUUCUGUUACCUCAUGCAGGAGUUCCACAAGUUCUGGACAGAGGAGGACCCCUCCGACAUCAUGGAGUUUAACCGUGUCCGUGCCAAGUUCCACAAGAGGGUCCUGAAGCAGCUGAAGAACCCCAACAUGACCCUGUGCCCGCACUUCGCUGCCUCCGACCUCCACCUGGUCAACCUGUAGUCACCUACGAUCCCAGAGCCCCCCGGUCCCCAAACCUUUAAAACCCCCACCCCACCUCCAUUACCUGUAACCCUGCCAGCUGCUCCAUGUCACUGCCACGAUGUCACCGCCCUGUCCUCACACCCACACCUGCCUUGCUGCUGCCCUGCACCAGCGUCACUGAAGACCGUGCUGAUUGUAUGCGUGCAUUGGCAGCGCUGAGCCGUGCCAUAUCUUUCAGUUACUAUUUUCAUUAUUUAUCGCUUUCAUCAUUCGUAUUGUCGCCGAUAUGUAUUAUGAGAUCAGUCUAGAUGGGGUGAACAUUUUACACGGAAUUGUCAAUUAAAUGACAUACAUUUUGAAGAAUAAUGUAGAAACUGGGCUGUUUUAAGAGCUGCGUCGAGAGAGGAUGGCAUAAGCGAAUCAAAGACUUAGCAGGGAUGUGGCAAAGCGAUUUUUUUUUUUUUUACCACUGCGGAAAUAGGUAAGAGAAAGAAAAUUUUAAACGAAGGAAAGCAGUAGAAGCUCUUUGCUGCAUGCUGAUGAUUUUGGCAGAUGAGGCAGUGCAUGAAAAAUAAUGGACUAAAAAAAACACGAAGAGCAGCGCGGUUACAAUGCCAGAAAGUCAGAAGAAGAACUGACGGCCCUGCUGAGUCAAUCACCUGCUGAGACAACACCCAUCUUAUGGUCAGUAAUGUCACGGCUCGCAGUUGUGCUAGACAUGUCCGUUAGGUGACAAUAACACAAGGAAUUCAGCUCCACAAUAUGGGAGCAGAAUUAUCAGACCUGAGUAUUUCUUUGCCAAAAAAUAUUAAUAACAAGCAAUUGUAAGAACAGGGACUUUUAAGACAUUUUCUUUGUGAAUGUUAAUAUACUAGAUUCAUGAUUGUUUGUGCAACAAAAAAAAAAGAUAUCUGAACGUUGAUUAGAAAAACGGAGGAAUGUUUGUUCUUUGUUCUAGUAGCCAAAGCAAUAAUUCAAGGUUUGUCUGGACGGUUUGACAACAACACUGGUGCCUGCUGUUCGCUUGGCUCCUCAUUCUUACGCAGCACAUCGUAACUAUGAUUUUCAUUGAGUGUCCAGAUCACUGUUUGCACUUUCACUGUACUGUGAUGUUCUGUUGCACCAUGGCACAUACAUUUUUAAUGACAUUUAAUUUAACCUAGGGGACUGUUUUUUAUAUUUUUGUAGCAUCUCCAUUUAAACAUCUUAUUUGAUAUAUAGUAUUACAAAAGCAUGUUUUGUAACUUAACUUGCUAUCUGUGUUUAGUCUGGUGAAGCCCUUUUAACUUUUAGCAAUUAUGAAUAAGUUCAUAUGUUGUAUUGCAUUGAUGACCUCAUGUUAACGGUCACAGGGUCUGCAUGAAUUUUUAACACAGCUAUGAUUGAGCUUUUCUGCAGUUUAGUCACAGCUUCGAUGAACAUUUAUGGUCUUAACAUAGAAAUUAUUUGUCUAAAAAGAGCAAUGUAAUAUCUUCCUUUGCCACAGCCACUGUACAUUACUUCUAGUACAGUAUUAAAUCAGUGAGUGACAUUUAAAUGUGAAUGCUUAAGCCUGUCAGCAGUAUUGUGUAAUAAUACUUGAGUCUAAAUGUCAGUCUGUUGCAGAAAUAUGUUCCUUUCUAAGCUCCAACUUUCAUUCACGGCAAUUAGAAUGUUUUCAGUGUUUUUUGAGAAUUGUGUUAUUGUGUAAAUACACCAUCUAUUUAAUGGCCGCAAAGGGCCAUUUGUGUUUUUGAGUUGAAGGGCUUUACUAUAGUGUGCAAUAAUUAUGUAGAAGACAUUAGAAAGAAUAAAUGAAUAUCUGCUGUAUAAAAGUGCUUUAAGAAACAAAAUGUGUCAUCUCACCAAGCCACUAAGAUCACUGUGCAUGAUGGAUUCUGUGAGGUGCUUGUACUUACCUGUUUUCUGUGUUGUUUUUACUAAGGCCUGGCAGAUGUCCAGGCAAGACACACCCUAGCAAUGCAGAUGCUUAUGUAAUGUGCACAAAUCUACUGUACUGUGAUAAAAGGUACUUACGUAUUUAUACUAACAGCUUAAUGUAAUAAAAAGAUGACAUCUA